AUGGAGACAGAGGAGCAGCAGGGAAACGGCAGCGAUGUCAGUGAAACAACCCGAGACGAGGCCUUCUUUAAAGCCAUGGUUCCCGUGCUGGAUGGGCUGAUUCUGCUGACCGGGCUCGUGGGCCAGGCGCUGGUCAUCAGCAUCCUUACAGGCAGAAGGAGGAGAGCCAGUCGGCCGCCGCUGACGGACACUCUGCUGCUGGCUCUCAGCGCCGCCGACCUGCUGCUGCUGCUCUGCCUGCCCUUCCACACCUCCGCCAUCGCCCUGGGCCUCUGGCCGUUCGGCAGCUUCAUGUGCAAAGCCGUGAGCUUCAUGGGCGUGGCCUGCUCGUCCGCCUCCGUGUUCACGCUGGCGGCUUUGGCGGUGACGCGCUACCUCACCGUGGUGCACCCCGCCUGGACGUACCGCACCAAGAUGUGCAGGCACAUGAAGCUGGCGGUGGCGCUGCUCUGGGUCGCCGCGGCGGCGCUGGCGGCGCCGCAGUUCGCCUUCCGGACGCUGACGGUGUCCAGCGCCGUGUACUGCUUCGCCUUCCUGUCGGACCUGAGCCAGCUGGUCUACGGCGUGGCCCUCUUCCUGUUCAGCUUCGCUUUACCACUGGGUGUCAUUGUGCUGAUGUACACUAAGAUCUACUGCUUUCUUCGCCACGCGCUGCUGCCGGGAAACGCCUCCCAGCUCGAACGCUACCAGAGCCAAGUCACUCACACGUCGGCGCUACUGGUCCUGGUCUUCACCCUCCUCUGGUUGCCCUCCUACGCCCUCAUGUUCUCCUUCAUUGGAAGAACCAUAACGAGCUCACCUGGCUACAACACCUUCGCUAUUCUGGCCAGACUGCUGGCGUCCUCGGUAGCGGUGGUAAAUCCGAUAUUGUACGGCCUGAUGUCACGGAAGUUUAGACGAGACUUGUUGAACGUGGGAAGAGAACGCUGGACAUGGUGCAAAGGCUGUGUGACUGGUUGCCUCCAUGUGAUGAGCAGGGACAUGGUUCAGCCCUUUGAGCUGGACACAAGCUCAGAGAGAGGCCAAAACUGAGUCUAACCAUGGAAUGUGCGUCACAUAUUUUAGAUGUUGUGUAUUUUCUCUUAUAUUUUUUAUUUGUUGUCUAUUUUAUAAUUCCCACUUAAUCUGAAUGUAACAGUUUGUAAACAUACAAACCAAUUGCUUUGUGUAACAAAAAAUAAUGUUUUUUUAGCAUUGUUUUAGUCCAUGGCUUUUAAAUGCAAAUGUUUUUUUUUAUUCUGGAUGAAAUUCUGCCACUUUCCCUUGAAUCAUUUAAAAAGAGCAGGACUUAAAGGCCUCUUCAGUGCUGAGCGAAGCACGGCCUGUGUGUUUGUGUGUGUUUUCUACCAGUCGGUCUCCUCUAGUUAAGGAGCUGCAGCUGUGUGUACAUCACAGUGGAUCCUCCUGGGUGCUUGUGUUGUCAAAAUGUGUGAUGAUGGCUGUUUACAGAGCCGAGGGGCCGAGGGACGACAUUCAAUUAUUAAUGGAGAUGCUAAAAGACACGGGACCCACCAGGCAACAAAGCCGUAAUUCAGUAUAUGUCUACAGACCCAGGGAGGAGAAAGCUGCGGCUGCAGUGAUGAGUGAUGGUUAGUGCAGUUCUGUGGCAUUUCUGAGGUUCGAAGCGUUUAGUGUGACUGACGACU